AAAAAUUAAACUCCUCUCUUUCAAAUCUCAAUUACUCUCCUUUUCCUCUCCAGGCUAUUACUUCUUUUAGUUUCUGUAGGAAUCUUCUGUUUGUUUCCCGAGAAAAUAUUGAACCAUCAGAAAUACUAUUGGGAGCUCCACUUUUCAGAAAUCUUGAAACUUGUUCUUGGAGAAGAAUUGGGAAAUGGUUAACAGGCAUGGGGCGUUUUGAUUUGCAUAGAUUAUCAUGUUGCGGUGCAUAGAGGGAAUCAUCACUUCCCUACUCCGGUGUUGUGAUCUUGAUUUGUACAAACAAUCAAGAGGCCUUGAAGAUCCUGAACGUCUUGCCAGGGAGACUGUGUUUAGUGUAAGUGAAAUAGAAGCAUUGUAUGAGCUCUUUAAGAAGAUCAGCAGCGCCGUAAUUGAUGAUGGCCUUAUCAACAAGGAGGAGUUUCAAUUGGCGUUGUUCAAGACAAACAAAAAAGAGAGCUUAUUUGCUGACCGGGUCUUUGACUUGUUUGAUACAAAACACAAUGGGAUCUUAGGUUUCGAGGAAUUUGCUCGUGCUCUAUCUGUUUUUCAUCCAAAUGCUCCAAUUGAUGAUAAGAUCGAGUUUUCUUUUCAACUGUAUGAUCUUAAACAGCAAGGUUUCAUCGAGAGACAAGAGGUGAAACAAAUGGUAGUUGCUACACUUGCUGAAUCGGGUAUGAACCUAUCCGACGAUGUCAUCGAGAGUAUAAUUGACAAGACCUUUGAGGAAGCUGAUACAAAGCACGAUGGGAAGAUUGACAAGGAAGAGUGGAGAAGUCUCGUUCUGCGCCAUCCAUCUCUUUUGAAGAACAUGACCCUUCAGUAUCUCAAGGACAUUACGACCACAUUCCCGAGCUUUGUGUUCCAUUCACAAGUCGACGACACUUAGAAUUGGAGAUUUUGGUUGAAUAAAACUGUUAAAUUAUGGGUUGGUUUUUGAUGAACAAAAUGGCCCUCAGAUAUGUAAAGGGCGGGAGAGGGAGUAUGUGCAUUGCAUUAUUUAUUUGUUUAGGUUAUGGUUGUGUACAUUUAUAUUCAAUUACUCAUAUUUUGCUUAUCUUUCAGUACUUCCUGGUUUCGUAGCCCUUUGUAAGUUGUAAUCAACCUUUUAUUAGUUUAUGCCAUGCCAUCAACCAAUCAUUUGUUGCACCA